AUGCGGGACGAGAUGAAGUACAAAGAGCAGCGGAUCAAGGCCAUCAAGGAAUACUGCGAGGCGCGGGCUGCACAGGGAUAUACGGGGCGGUAUGACAAGUAUGAGAAGAAAACGAAGUAUUGGGUGGAAGAGGACUUGGAGUUCGAGUGGGAGAAAUCCAAGCAAGAGAGCGUGGCGGAAAAUGCAGAGUAUCAAGUCCAAGAUUCCGAUGGAACAGACUUGAUGACUGACCCCAAUGCAACCAUGAACUUCGAUCUCACCGAAGCCGCCCUAGGCCGGCUGCUUGGCGCUUCACGUGAGUCUCGUAUCCGUGCAUGGUAUAAGUUUCUAGCAAUGGGAAAGCGGGGGUGCAAAGGCCCUGGCCCUGCAGCCGGCCCUAGCGGGAGUGCGACUGGUGCAAAACCCGACAAGCCUGCUGCCAAUACACUUUUGCCGACCGUCCUGAAGAAUGAGCUGCCAUCCACGGUCAUCGUCCAGUACCUGUCGGGGAUCACAAAGCGAGUGAACAAGAUGCAAGAGAUGAAGGAGAAGUACGAGGCAAUCGAUGAUUCGAACCGCAGCAGAGCCCACUCGCAGAUCGUCGUGAAAUGCGACGAGCAUAUGUCUGCUCUCGAGAAAAUUCAUGACGAGGCAAAGGCUAAAGGUAAGGCAAAGGCUGCUCCCAAGUCUGCAGCCCCGCCUGCGAAGGCUGCAGCCCGAAAGAGGAACUGGGAGGACACGUGGUAUAUCAACUUCAUCCCGACCGAUUACACAGAGACUGCCCAGCGAUUCUACGAGAAUCUACAGAAGAAAUUUUCAUCGCGCAUGGAUGACAGCUACAUCCUAGAUUUGAUGUUGGAUGCUCAGUUUCACAACAGCAAGACUUCCACCUAUCGGACCAGAAUGCUACACACCCUGCUUCCCAAGUUGAUGUACACCAAAGCCAGAGCCCAUGUAUUCGACACGUGGCUCGAUCAACUCCGAGAAGACGCCACCGCCUUGUUGGAGGAUGGUAUUGCUGUGUCAGGGCGUUUCACAAUUUGGGCAAUCCUUGCUGCUGGGAGUGUCUUGCCGGUGGGCCUCUCCUACCGUUUGAAGAUUGUGGGCGCCGUCCUUGCUGGGAAAGACCCCUUCCACAUUUACAAGCAAUCUGUGGGAG